AUGAUGCUUGUUUCAUCGUCAACAAUAACUAUCAAUAGUUUCUAUUAUAUUUUAAUCAUACUAUUUAUUCCAUCGACUUGUAGCUACGUUUUACAAUCGGAUGAUUUAAAAACUAGUAUUACUGAUCAACAAUACGGAUUAAAUAUUCCAUUAUAUUAUGAUCGUUUUCUUCGUACAACUAAGUUUCCACGUAUUGGUCGUUCGUCAUCUGGCACUGAAGAAAUUUCUUCUAGUGACUACCAAAAUAUGAAUGUUGAAGAAAAUGAAAGCAGCAACAAUGAUAAUGAUUCCAGAUGGUUCGAACAACGUAGUGUCUUUUUUCCACGAAUUGGUAAACGUGCAAACAACCAUGUACUGUGGGGUAAUACUUUAUCCAGUCCAUACCGAAUGUUAGAUGGACAUGGUCGAUAUCAUAUCAAUGGCUAUGAUUAUCAUAUUCGUCAAAAUCAACCUGGAUCAAUGACAAACUAUGAAGGGAAAUGA